AUGCUGCAGUCUGAGGCCUCGUCCGGCUCCGCGGGGGCCUACGACGGCCUCCCCACCAUUGACCGGACGCCGUCAUCAUCACUGCUCCGCACCGCCGAGCCGGUCGGCCAUGGCGCGCAGACCCAGACGCCACCACGGUUCGCCAAGAUCGAUUUCGCCACUUAUGACGGCACGGAGGACCCGCUUAACUGGCUCAACCAGUGUGAGCAGUUUUUCCGUGGCCAGCGCACGCUCGCGUCGGAGCGCACUUGGCUGGAAUCCUACCACCUCCGCAGUGCAGCCCAGACUUGGUACUACGCCCUCGAGCAGGAUGAGGGCAGCAUGCCCCCUUGGGAGCGCUUCCGCGAGCUCUGUCUCCUUCGCUUUGGGCCUCCGGUUCGCGGGAGCCGCCUGGCGGAGCUCGGCCGCCUUCCCUUCUCCUCCACGAUGCAGGACUACGCUGACCGUUUCCAGGCCCUGGCAUGCCAUGCGUCGGGUGUGACGCCGCAGCAGCGGGCCGACCUCUUUGUCGGUGGACUUCCAGAUCACAUCCGCGUGGACGUGGAGCUUCAGGGGCCCCGGGAUCUCUAG